AUGGGUAUCAAGCGUAACAUCCUCUUUGCAAGCGCUCUUGCAUUCUCAGUCUUUGCAGCACCUGUUCCAGACUGCUCAGAGGAACAAGGCAAUAGUACCAACAAGGCACUGUUGUCUGCAGCGAAAAUCGAAAUCAUCGAACCGACCACUGCAACAUGUGACGCUGCUCCCUUUCCCGAAGAGUGCGCCGACUCAAAGACAGCCGCAGCCGCACUCAACGGCUCUUUUGAGAAAUACAAGAUCACCGCCGUCGGCGAGGUUGCGGCCCUGGUGGCGUACACUCUCUUCGAGUCGGGCAACUACAAGUACAAGCAGAAUCACUAUCCAGGACGUCCUGGCCAAGGUACACGAAUGAUGGCCAUGCCAAACUAUGUCAACGAAUACACGACCACUGUUGCAGGUGCGGACGCUGUCGCACAGGCAGAAGCUGCAGGUGGAGAUGCUGGUCUCGUCGCUGUGCUAGCACUGGCGAACGCUGACGAUCAGAAGAGCUUUGGAAGUGCUGCCUGGUAUUUAACCACAAAAUGCACGCCUAAAGUCCGCGCUGGCUUGGUCGCAGAGACGGUCGAUGGUUGGCACAACUUCUUGACCCAGUGUAUUGGUACUACUGCUGCUGCUGAACGCGAUCCAGCCUGGAUUGCUGCGAAGCAAGCUUUGUCGCAAUAA